UGCCUGAGUUUGCGCGCUCCUGCGCGCGUGUAUGUGUGUGUGCGCGCACGCGCAUGUGUUAUCAUUAUUAUCCAGCCUGUUCCGAGCGCACGAUGGCCAGAUUCGCUGAGGCUGAAACAAGACGGCAACAGCAACACUUUCCUCCUCAUCCGGCGCACAGCCUGGUCGCAGCAGCCAGCCAGCAACCUCCGUCCGCCUUCCCCAAACCCAUGAACGGGUCAGAACCCCUCUCCAUCCAUCCCGACAGCAACAACAUGAAGGACCAGGAUGCCAUAAAGCUAUUUAUAGGGCAGAUCCCACGGAAUCUGGAGGAAAAGGACCUGAAGCCUCUCUUUGAACAAUUUGGAAAGAUCCAUGAACUGACGGUGCUGAAGGAUAGAUACACAGGCAUGCACAAAGGUUGUGCCUUCCUCACAUACUGCGCCAGAGAGUCGGCCAUCAAAGCCCAGAAUGCCCUGCACGAACAGAAGACACUGCCAGGGAUGACCCGUCCUAUCCAGGUGAAGCCAGCCGACAGUGAGAGCAGAGGAGGUAAAGACAGGAAGUUGUUUGUGGGGAUGCUGAACAAGCAGCAGACUGAAGAGGAUGUUUACCGCCUGUUUGAGCCCUACGGAGUCAUCGAGGAAUGCACCGUGUUAAGAGGCCCAGACGGAAACAGUAAAGGUUGUGCAUUUGUAAAGUUCUCCACACACGCCGAAGCUCAAGCAGCGAUCAGUGCCCUACAUGGCAGCCAGACAAUGCCGGGUGCCUCCUCCAGCCUGGUUGUUAAAUUUGCAGACACAGACAAGGAGCGGACCAUUCGAAGAAUGCAACAGAUGGUGGGUCAGUUUGGGAUCUUCAAUCCAGCAAUCGCACUGCCCUUCAGCACUUACAGUGCAUAUGCACAUGCACUAAUGCAGCAACAGGCGGCUCUCAUGGCUGCAACACAUGGCGGAUAUCUCACACCCAGUGUGGCAUUCCCCACAGCACAGAUUCAUCAGAUGGGGGCAUUAAAUCUUAAUGGACUACCACCAGCAGCAAUGACACCGGUGUCAGUAUUUGAUUUCACCCAAGGCUUGAGCUCUCCACCGGCGAUUGCCACUUCUGCGGUUCCCAGCAUUGUCACUCCCAUUGUAAACGGCUUUACUGGAAUCCCUCACCAGCCUAAUGGUCAUCCUGCAGUGGAGGCGGUCUACACUAAUGGUCUUCCACCAUACUCAGCCCAGAGUCCUACUGCCGCCGAUACUCUGCAGCAAGCAUUCACAGGAGUGCAACAGUACACAGCUAUCUAUCCAGCCACCACUCUCACCCCAAUUGGACAGACAAUCCCGCAGCCUCCUCCUGUUAUCCAGCAGCAGCAGCAGAGAGAAGGACCAGAAGGCUGCAACCUCUUUAUCUACCACCUACCCCAGGAGUUUGGAGACAAUGAACUAAUGCAGAUGUUCCUACCCUUUGGCACAGUCAUCUCUUCGAAAGUCUUCAUGGACAGAGCAACUAAUCAGAGCAAAUGCUUUGGUUUUGUGAGUUUCGAUAACCCUGCCAGCGCUCAAGCUGCCAUCCAAGCCAUGAAUGGCUUCCAAAUCGGCAUGAAGAGAUUGAAAGUUCAGUUAAAGCGGCCAAAAGAUGCCAGCCGUCCAUACUGACAGAACCAGCGGGUUAACCUCCACUGUGACAGCACAGGUAAGAAGAAAAGAGAUUCAUUACAAGGCGUUUAACGUUUCCAAAAACAAAAAAAUAAAAUAAAAAAAACAAACAAAAAAAAAAACUUUAGUACAGUAAAAAAAAAACAAAAAAAAAAACAACACACAACAACAAAGAGCAACCCACAAACAAAACAAUCUUCUUGAAGACAUAUCAACGUUUUUUUGAUGGGAAAGUUCUGAAUCAAGUAAGAAGACCAGACAUGAAAUGAAAGAAGAAAAAAAAAAAAACUAAAGAAAAAGAUGAAGAAAAAAAUUGGAAUGAAAAACCCUACUGAAAGCAAAAGCAAAAUAAAAAAGAAAAAUUAAAAUAAAAAGUAAUAAAGAGAAAAGAUCAAAAAAAAGGUGUGAAACAUUUAGACACAGCCAGAGGCUUCUUGUUAAGACUUGAAUUCUUCAUUAAGUACGCAACAAAAAGCAAAUUAUAUAUAUAUGAAAAGGGGCUUGAGGCUUUUUUUUAUUUUACUUUACUGGACAAAUGAGGGUUAUAAAACUUGCAGGUCUUAGGAAAAAAAGAACAGAAUGGGACAAAGAGACAAACGGAAAGCCAUGCUUAUCCUGCAGAGAAAAAAAAACUUGCUAUAGCCACCUCACUUUCUGCUCAACGGGAGGAUUAUCGUACCGUUUUUUUCUUUUGAUGUCACUGAGGUUACCAUGACGACUGAACAAUUGAGGAAAAAAAAGAAGAAGAAGAAGAAGAAGAAAAAAAAAAAAUCUCUCAUUCCUUAGGGACCAAAGGACCAAACAUUUUUAUUGUUAUAAACUGUAAUGUAUAUUAAUAGUUCAAGGUGGGCUGGGACAAGUCGUGUUACUUUCUCUAUUUCUGUUUUUUUCUUUUUCUUUCUUGAAUCUUUUAUCGUUAACAACUUACGGGCUUUCAGAAUAUAUUAAAAAAUAUUAAAAAGUACAAAAACAAAUACAAAAAAAAAAA